AUGUCUUGCACUUGGUUGUCGCCUUGCUUCCGUACAAAAUAUAAAUACUCUCCCCUCAAUUCUUCAACUACUCACUCCCAUUCUCCACUUUCUCUUACACCACUGUCUCUUUCAGUAUUUUCUCACUCCAAAUCCAUUGAGGUAGCCAAGAAAAAUUUUAUGGGAAAGACUGGAUUGUUUGAUCUUGAGAAGCAGUUUGCCUUCUACGGGGCAUACCACACCAACCCAGUGAAUAUUUUGAUUCAUAUGUUGUUUGUGUGGCCAAUUUUCUUUACCUUUAUUGUUCUUUUCUAUUUCCUGCCUCCAUUUUUCAAUCUCUCUCAAAUUGGGUUCUUGUACACUCAUGGUUUGGUUCUGAAUUUCGGGUUUUUCUUUGCUCUGACUUAUGCUUUGUUCUAUGUCUUUCUGGAUAAGAAAGCUGGUUCUUUGGCCGCUUUGCUUUGUUUAGCGUGUUGGGUAUUGGGCAGUUCUCUUGCAAAUCAUCUGGGAUUUUCUCUGGCUUGGAAGGUAAGGUCUCUUCUUUUUCACUUAGUUUUUUCAUUGUUGGGGGACUGUCGGAAGUGGUAUGGAGGUUGGGAGGACUGUCAGAGUUGUUAUGGAUGCAAGGGGCUGCUAAAAGUGGGUAUGGGGUUUGGGGUACUGCUUUCGUUGGGUAUGAGUGUUAAGGGGUUGCCAGCAUUGCGUACGAGGGUGUGGGUAUACAAUCAGAGGUGGGUAUGGGGGUUUGGGGAAUUGUUGGCAUUGGGGGGUUCCGUCAAAGCUAGGCAUGGGGCUUCGAGGUCCGUCAAAUUGGGGCAUGGGCGUGGGGGUCUGCUAGAGCUGGGGCCUGGGGGUAGGGGUUACCGGGGUUUGAAGGGUAAUUACUUGCUUUUUAAUGGUUGUUUCCUCUCCAUAAAUGCUGGAGCCCCCCCCAACCCCCCGCACACGCACAUGCAAAAGGUUAUAGGCCAUGGCAUAUUUGAGAAACGAGCACCAGAUGUGGUGGACAACUUUGCUCAAGCAUUGCUUAUGGUACCUUUCCUUGUAUUGCUGGAGGUUCUUCAGACUUUCUUCGGGUAUGAACCAUAUCCAGGGUUUAAUGCUAGUGUGAAAGCAAUGAAGGAAGCUGAAAUCUACGAGUGGCAGAGGAAGACGCAGAAGAAAAUUACUUAG